CCGCUCCAUCAUAUCAGUAACGAUUUGAAAUUUCAAACGUGAUGUUGUGAAAUUACCUGUUGAUUUGCGACAAUGCUUUCGAACAGUGAGUGGAUUAGCAAUGAGCUACUAAAAACUAUUCUCGAAGCGGAGAAUGGUUCCAGUCAGUAUGCAAUAAAUAUUUUUAACGUUGAUGUUCAAGCGGCGACCAACAAAGGUGAUAAUUAUGCUAGCGAAAUGUAUAGGGUUGUGAUAGAAUUUGGACUAAAUGGAGAGCGAAUGAAGUGUAAUCGUAUUUUUAAGGUUAUUCCUUCCGGUGAGAUUCAACGGAUUGUGAUGGAGAGUGGAAAUAUAUUCCCUAGAGAAAUUGCUGCAUAUAGGAAUGUGUUACCGGAAAUAAAUAAGAUGCUUCAGAGCGUGGGAGAUUCAACCACUAUUUCACCACGAUGCACCUUCACGACUGAUGAGCCUACGACAAUGCUGGUGUUUGAGGACAUCAAACAAAAAGGUUACCAGAUGAUAGAUCGGCGAUUCGGCUUAGAUCUCGAUCAGUUCUUCUUCUUCUUAAAGGGCACUAACGUUCCUAGGGGAACUUCACCGUCUCAACGUAGGAAGGAAGGUAUUGAAUUAGAACCGUUCAUGGAGGGGUCCAUAAGUACGAACCCGAAUCGACAAGAUUUCCUUAUCUUUCACAAACUGUGCGCCCAGGAGGUGGUCGAACUUGUGGAGAGCUGGAAUGAUACGAGUAUCAGCGAAAUUUUGUGUAAACUUCGUAAACUGCCUAACGCCAUUAUCCGUAAAGGAUGUGAAGUUUACACACGCGAUGAAAACGCUUUCAAUGUGUUGAACCACAAUGAUGUUUGGACAAACAAUAUGAUGUUCAAAUACGAAAAGGGCGUAGCCGAAGAUGUGCUGUUGUUCGAUUACCAGUUAACAUACUUUGGUUCUCCUGGAGUGGAUCUGAACUAUCUACUGAGUGGUUCAAUACAAACCGAAAUUGAGGAAGAACGCAGACUUCAAAUUAUACAGAACUAUCACACUACGCUUACAAAAACGUUGAACGAUCUCCGAUAUUCCGGUAACAUUCCUUCCCUCCAGGAUAUCCAUGUCGAACUUAUUAGGACAGGAUUUCGCAACGUACAUGCGGUUUUUUGUUUGCUACCACUGGCGAUGAUGGAGAAUUCGGCGAACGCCGAAAUGGAUGUAUUCCUGUCGGAGAACAAAGCCGGAAAGGCCUUUCGUCAGAAGAUAUUUCGAAAUCCGCGAUAUGCUCCAAUUUUGAAACGAGAUUUGCUACGAUUUGACUUGAUGGGAUAUUUAGACCCAAAUUUCCAUUUCUUAUCACAUUCCAUUCGGCGCGGAACAUCAGUUUCGCUUCGCGCCCCCAUGCGAUCGCAUCGGUGCUCACAACGCUUCAUCAUGACUGACGAUUGUGAAAUAGCAUCGCAUUCUAUCAGCUGGAGGAACGCCGAGUUCUUUAAUGAUGUCAUCACCGAGGAGUUGCAUAUCCCGGAAGGCACCUUCACAAUUGUUGAUAUCCAUGUUUCCGAUGCCAAUUCCAAAGCUGCUGGCUUCAUGUCACUGAUGCACCGGGUCACCCUCAACGUUAUGCUUCGUGAGAGUGGCGAAAUCAAAACUUUAUCUUAUGUUGUUAAGGAGAAAUCUGGUGAUGUUUUUGGAGGCGAAAUGGUGGACGAGAUGAAGGCUUUCCCCAAGGAGAUUGAUGUAUAUUCGAGGUUCAUUCCAGCAUUCGAGGAGAUGUGGAAAAAAGAGAGUGUAACGUUUGGACCGAAGAUGCUCAAAACUUCCCAUUCGCCUUUCACAGUGAUUGUUAUGGAAGAUUUGAAAUCAUCGGGUUUCCACAUGAAAGAUUGCAGCCGAGGAUUAUGUUUAGAGGACUGUGAACAAGUCCUGGCAAAAAUGGCUAAGUUUCAUGCAGUUUCCGUAGUGUAUUAUGAAAACAACGGACCAUACCCGGACAGUUUCGCCGAUGGAAUGUUUUCUGAAAACCUCAUAGCUCAACUGGAGUUGAGUUACUAUAUACCAAUUUUAAAUUCAUAUAUUCAAUCGUUAGAGGAACUAGGAUAUUCAUCACAAAUUUUAGAAUCACUUCAUUCGUACAAAGGAAAAAUCUACACAACAGUUGUCGAAAUGUUACGUUUGGAUUCGUCAAAAUUCAAUGUUUUGAAUCAUGGAGAUCUUUGGAUAAACAACAUUCAGUUCGCCGAUCAUGAUUUAAUAUUCGUCGAUUACCAAGUUGGUUUUUACGGCACACCUACGUUCGAUCUGCUCUAUUUCAUCACAACAUCAGCAUCACUCACUGUGCGUACCGAUAAGUUUGAUUACCUUAUCGGUUACUAUCACAGCUGUCUGGUAAGGGGGCUGGAAGCAUUGUGCGCUGAAACAACUCCACCCACAUUGCAAGAGCUUCAGGAUGACAUAGAAGCCAACGGAUUUUUAAUGGCCGUCAUUUCUGUAGAAACCCUCGCCCUGAUGCUUGCCAUGCCUGAUAUCGAAAUGGACAUAGACCUGUUGUCUUCUGAAACACCGGAAGGUGUCUCCUUUAGGAGAAAAAUUUACACCAACGAUCGUUUUGUACAAAUGAUGGAGAAACUCGUACCAUUUAUGUGGGAAAGAGGUUUUAUUAAGCCGCUCGAACAGGUCACAAGCAGAAGUCAAAAGCCCUAGGCGACGUUCUAUAUAUAUUUAUCUGGAAUUUCAGUAUUAUUGCUGGAUCGAAAAUGUAACCCAGUAACAAGACAGUUCCAAUAUAGAAUCAGUUUUAGUCAAUUUAGGUGCAAGUGUGAAGGUCGAAGUGCAAAUCACGUACAACGUUUUUUAUUUAUUUGUAUCUCAAAGAAUGAUAAUGGUUUGGUUAUAAUCGUAGCUGUGGAAAGUGUCCUGAUUUUUACUCCGAUCAGCUGGUAUCCCUACAUGCAGCCAAGUGGUCCACCAGCGUACAAGUCCAACCGCUAUGGAUUGACUAUGAAUAUCCUUAUCCAGAUAAAUCAAGAAAAUUUCCUUUGCGAUAAUUUUCUAGACCGGCAUUUAGAAAACUUCCUAUUCAAUAUUCUUUAUGUCUUCGUCACGCGCACAACGCUUAAACUUUUGUAAGCUAUUUUUUAAAUAUAAUAAAUAUAUAUAAAACAUUCAUCGUAUCGUUACACAUGAACACAGCGGGCUCGGCAUAGUCAUAGUCAACUGAGGGUAGUCAGCUGACUAUCUGACUGACUAUAUCCGUAUUCAGUUGGAAAUGACUUUUGGCUUCUUCACGCAGUUUCUCCGCCAAAAACUAAGACAAGACGUGAUAAUUGGCUUCUUACUUUAACUCUUCGACCAAGUGCGAGCAACAGGGAUGCCGAACCACUCGAGAUGUCAAGUUUCCAAAUGAGAUAAAGUUUCUGAACACUUCUUUUUCACGUCUCUAACAUAUGUUUUCGUAUCAGAUAUUCUAUGUAUAAUUACAUUUGGAUAAUGUAAAGCGUAUUUCACAACAAAUUGUUUUUUCUGUUAUGCUUCAUCAUGAAAACUAGCUAUCAUAGCUAUUCCUAUGCAACUAGACUAGAUCUAUGCUACUAGAAUCCAUUUUUUUGUAGCAAGUAUAAUAUUUUUUCAAUAAAUACUAGCUCAUUGGCUUCAAUUUCAUAUGUCGAUUAUCUGAAUCGGCGCACAAUUUUUGAAAAAGUUAUUUUGGGAAGAAAAGGCAAACAUUUUUCGGACCAUCCAUAACUUAACGACGAAAAAAUCACUCUGAUUUUUGGAUAUGUUAUGAAAAAAAAACUCAGUGUUCAAGAAAAAAUAUUUAAAUAAAUAUAUACCCUCUAUUCCAAAGCCUCAUGGCUGAAAAUGCGUUGGAAGCAUGGGUGUAGUGUUGUAGGGAGGACGGGGUAGUCCACCCCGGGUGUCACUCUCAAAUGGGUGACACCCAUGACUAUAA